AUGGAAGCGAUUCUGGCAGGGGACAGGAAGAAGAGGGAAAGGGAGGAAGGAAUGGCGAGAGGGGAAGACGGAGGGGAGGUGGAGGCGUUUAAGAGAAGUAGAAAACUGGCGAGGUCGCCGGAGAGAGAGGAGGGAGAGGCGGACGAGAUAGUAAGAAGGGUAGGGGAGAUGAUGAAGGAGUUGUUGAAGCAGGAGUUAAGGCAAGAGUGUGGGAGAAUAGAGAGUAAGGUGGACAGGUGGGCGGAAGAGGUGAGAAAGGAGCAUGAUGAGAUGAGAAGGCAGUGGGGAGAGGAGAGGGAAAUGUUCAAAAAGAAGAUUGAGGAAUUGGAGCGAAAAGUGGAGGUACUGGAGAAGGAAAGAGGGGAGGGGGGAGAGGGUGGGGAAAGGAUCGGGAGAAGAGUGUGGGAGGUGGAAAAAGAGCUGGAGAGGAGAGAGAGGGAGGAAAGGAGAAACAAUAUAGUGGUGAGAGGGGUGAAUGUGGCUGAAGGGGUGGAGUGGGAGAGGGAGAUAGAGAAGAUAUGGGAGAGAUUAGGAGUGGACGGAGGCAGGAAAGAGAUGAGAAGAAUAGGGAGGGUGGAUGAGGGAGGGAGGGGGAUGGUGUUAAUAAGGCUGGAGGGAAGGGAGAAGAAGGUGGAAAUAAUGAAAGCGAAAGUAAAGUUGAGAGGGAAUAGAGAAAGGAUAGAGGAUGAUCUGACAAAAGAGGAAAGGAGAAUAAAAUGGCUGGUAGAAGGGCAGGCAUAUGAGGAGAGGAGAAAAGGAAAGAGGGACGAGGAGUUCUGGGAGGGUAUAAAGCGAUGGGAUGUGGUGGUUAUGUCGGAAACGUGGGCAACGGAGGAGGGGUGGGGGGCGAUAAGGGAAGGAUGGAAGAAGGGAUUCAGGUGGGUGAUACAGGGAGCGAAGAGAGGGAAGGGAAGGGGAAGGGCGAAGGGUGGUAUGGCGUUCGGGGUGAAGGAAGAGAUCGAGGAAGAAGAAGGGGGGACAGAGCCGGGGGAGGAAGGAUGGAUGGAAAGAAGGGUGAAGUUGGGGACGGAGUGGUGGAUGAUAGUGGGGGUGUACGUAAACGGGGACAUGGAGAGGAAAAAGGAGCUGAUGAGCCGGUGGAUGGAAAGAGCAGGGGGGGGGAAGGUGGUGAUUGGGGGGGAUAUGAACGUGAGAACUGGAAGGGAAGGCGGAGGUUGGGACGGAUGGCGGGUAGGGGAGAGGGAAGCGGUGAGGAGUUCAAGGGACGAGAUAGUGACGAAGGAAGGAAAAGAAUGGUGCAAAGGGGGUAGAAGAAGGAUGGGAGGAAAUGAGGGGGAGAAUAAAGAGGGCGAUGAGGAAGACUGA